AUGGAGGAGAACGGGAAACGCAGGGCUGCAAGGCCGCCGGACGACCUGCGGGUGCACACACUCAAAUCACAACAGCAGCAGCAGCCCGCGAAGCGAGCGUGCGGCGAAGGCACGGGCGUGGGAGUGCAAGGCUCCAAAGCAGCGGCCGCCGCCUCUGGCGAUAGCCAGCUGGGCGGCGUGUUCCAGCAGCAGUCGAAGGAUGGCAUGGAGGUGCAGGCAGCGGCAGGCAGGCCGCUGACGGCGGCGCUGCAGGCGACCGACUUCAGCGCCUUCAACGCCAUGGUCCGCAGCCAGCGCCAGCAGCACCAGGGGCAGCAGCAGCAGGGGCAGCAGCAGCAGGGGCAGAAGCAGCAGGAGCAACAGCGGCCGCCGCCUGGCGGGUCACAACGGCCGCCGCGGCAGCAGGUGCAGGUGACGACGUUUGACGUCAUCACCAGCAACCGCGUGAAUGGGGAGGAGCUGGACCCUGCGCUGCAGCUCGAGGGGGUGAGCGCGCUGCUGGGGCUCCCUUGGGUGGCAAUAUAG